CCAGGGGGCCUCCUGCAAGGCCCCCCUCCCCAUAAAACACACGCAAAUCCGGGCCGGCGGUAACCAUGACGAUCCCUAAGGAGAUGCCCGAGAAAUGGCCCUGGGUCGCCGUAGCGACGGGCAGCCGCGGACAGGCGCCUGGGGGGACAGAGGAGGAAAGGCGGGUGAAAGCAAACGCCCGAGAGUAUAACGAAAAGUUCCAGUAUGCGAGUAACUGCAUCAAGACGUCCAAGUACAACGUGGUCACAUUCCUGCCCAUCAACCUCUUUGAGCAGUUCCAGGAAGUGGCUAACACUUACUUCCUCUUCCUCCUUAUUCUCCAGCUGAUUCCACAGAUAUCCUCCCUUUCGUGGUUCACCACCAUAGUGCCUUUGGUUCUUGUGCUUACCAUCACGGCGGUCAAGGAUGCCACUGACGAUUACUUUCGCCACAAGAGUGACAACCAGGUGAACAAUCGCCAGUCUCAGGUGCUGAUCAAUGGGAUCCUCCGUCAGGAACAGUGGAUGAACGUUCGCGUUGGUGACAUCAUAAAGUUGGAGAACAACCAGUUCGUGGCGGCUGACUUGCUUCUCCUGUCCAGCAGCGAACCUCACGGGCUUUGCUACAUCGAAACGGCAGAGCUGGACGGGGAGACCAACAUGAAGGUCCGCCAGGCCAUCCCAGUGACAUCGGAGCUGAGUGACACCAGCAAACUUGCGCACUUUGAUGGGGAGGUGAUCUGCGAGCCGCCCAACAAUAAGUUGGACAAGUUCGGCGGGACGCUCUACUGGAAGGACAGCAAGCACCCUUUGAGCAACCAGAACAUGCUGCUUCGUGGCUGCGUCCUCCGCAAUACAGAGUGGUGUUUCGGCCUUGUCAUCUUCGCAGGCCCGGACACCAAACUGAUGCAGAACAGCGGCCGCACGAAAUUCAAGAGAACGAGCAUUGACCGCUUGAUGAACACUUUGGUGCUUUGGAUCUUCGGCUUUCUCGUGUGCAUGGGCGUCAUCCUGGCCAUCGGCAACUCCAUCUGGGAGUACGAGGUGGGCGCCUGCUUCCAGAUCUACCUGCCCUGGGACGAGGCGGUCGACAGUGCCUUUUUCUCUGGCUUCCUCUCCUUCUGGUCCUACAUCAUCAUCCUGAACACGGUCGUCCCCAUCUCUCUCUACGUCAGCGUGGAGGUGAUUCGCCUCGGGCACAGCUACUUCAUCAACUGGGAUAAGAAGAUGUAUUGCGUGAAGAGGUGCACGCCGGCCGAGGCCCGGACCACGACCCUCAAUGAGGAGCUGGGGCAGGUGGAGUACAUCUUCUCGGACAAGACGGGCACCCUCACCCAGAACAUCAUGGUCUUCAGCAAGUGCUCAGUGAACGGGCGCAGCUACGGUGAUGUCCUGGACGUUCUGGGUUACAAGGCUGAGCUUGGAGAGAAGACGGAACCGGUGGACUUCUCUUUCAAUCCCCUGGCGGACCCCAAGUUCACCUUCUGGGAUGCGGCGCUGCUGGAAGCGGUCAAGAUCGGCGACCCUCAUGUGCACGAGUUCUUCCGCCUCCUCUCCCUCUGCCACACGGUCAUGUCCGAGGAGAAGAGCCCAGGGGAGUUGUUUUACAAAGCCCAGUCGCCAGAUGAGGGUGCCCUGGUGACCGCCUCCCGCAACUUUGGCUUCGUUUUCCGCGGGCGAACCCCCAAGACCAUUGUGAUCCAGGAGCUGGGGCGGCCCGUCACCUACCAGCUUCUGGCCAUCUUGGACUUCAACAACGUCCGCAAGCGCAUGUCAGUCAUUGUACGGAACCACGAGGGGCAGAUCCGGCUGUACUGCAAAGGAGCAGACACCAUUUUGCUGGAGCGGCUUCACCCAGGCCACCAGGAGCUGUAUAAUGUCACCACUGACCAUCUGAAUGAAUAUGCCGGCGAGGGUCUGCGGACGUUGGUGCUGGCCUAUCGCGACCUCGAAGAGAGCUACUACGUAGGCUGGGCUGAGCGCCUGAAGCGAGCCAGUUCCGCCAGCGAGGGUCGCGAGGAGAGGUUGGCCCGGCUUUACGAGGAAGUGGAGAACGACAUGAUGCUGCUGGGGGCCACCGCCAUCGAAGAUAAGCUGCAGCAGGGCGUCCCGGAGACCAUUGCCCUCCUCACGCUGGCGAACAUCAAGAUCUGGGUGUUGACGGGAGACAAGCAAGAGACGGCCGUGAACAUCGGCUACUCCUGCAAGAUGCUGACGGACGAGAUGACGGAGGUCUUCAUCAUCACGGGGCACACGGUUUUGGAAGUGCGGCAGGAGUUGCGGAAGGCUCGAGAGAAAUUGGUGGACUCUUCCCGGUCCGUGGGCAAUGGGUUCACCUACCAGGAGAAGCUCUCUGCCUCGAAGCUGACGUCCGUGCUGGAGGCUGUGGCUGGGGAGUACGCCCUGGUGAUCAAUGGGCACAGCCUGGCGCACGCCCUGGAGGCUGACAUGGAGCUGGAGUUCCUGGAGACGGCCUGCGCCUGCAAAGCCGUCAUCUGCUGCCGCGUCACCCCCUUGCAGAAGGCCCAGGUGGUGGAGCUGGUGAAAAAGUACAAGAAGGCCGUCACGCUGGCCAUCGGCGACGGGGCCAACGACGUCAGCAUGAUCAAGACCGCCCACAUCGGGGUUGGAAUCAGCGGCCAGGAGGGCAUCCAGGCAGUGCUGGCCUCGGACUACUCCUUCUCUCAGUUCAAGUUCCUGCAGCGCCUCCUGCUGGUCCACGGGCGCUGGUCCUACUUGCGCAUGUGCAAAUUCCUUUGCUAUUUCUUCUACAAGAAUUUUGCCUUCACCAUGGUGCACUUCUGGUUCGGCUUCUUCUGCGGCUUCUCUGCCCAGACUGUCUAUGAUCAAUAUUUCAUCACGCUGUACAACAUUGUCUACACCUCGCUGCCAGUGCUCGCCAUGGGUGUCUUUGACCAGGACGUGCCUGAGCAUCGCAGUUUGGAGUACCCCAAGCUGUACGAACCGGGGCAGCUCAACCUGCUCUUCAACAAGCGGGAGUUCUUCAUCUGCAUCGCUCAAGGGAUCUACACCUCCGUCUUCAUGUUCUUCAUCCCCUACGGGGUCUUCAGCGACAACUCCCACCUGGCCGACUACCAGUCCUUUGCCGUCACCGUGGCGACCUCCCUCGUCAUCGUCGUCAGUGUGCAGAUUGGCCUGGAUACAGGAUUCUGGACGGCUAUCAACCAUUUCUUCAUCUGGGGCAGCCUGGCUGUUUACUUCGCCAUCCUCUUCGCCAUGCACAGCGACGGCCUCUUCCAGCUCUUCCCCAACCAGUUCCGUUUUGUGGGCAACGCCCAGAACACACUAGCCCAACCUUCCGUGUGGCUGACCAUUGCCCUCACCACUGUCGUCUGCAUCAUGCCUGUGGUCGCCUUCCGGUUCCUCAAGCUGGACCUGAAGCCUGAGCUCUCGGAUACGGUGCGCUACACCCAGCUGGUGAGGAAAAAGCAGAAAGCCCAGCACCGCUGCAUGGGGAGGGUGGGCCGGGCAGGCUCUCGCCGCUCCGGCUACGCCUUCUCCCACCAGGAGGGCUUUGGAGAGCUCAUCAUGUCCGGCAAGAACAUGCGCCUCAGUUCCCUCGCCCUCUCCAGCUUCAGCGGCCGCCCCAGCGCUAGCUGGAUCGAUACCUUGCGCAAGAAGAAGGGCAGUGGCGGCGGCGACAGCAGCGUGGCCAGCAGCCCUAGUGGGGGCGGGCCUGACAAGACACUGAAGGUGUGAGGAGGAAGGUCCCGGGAUAGACAGAUAGACACACGCAACGGACGGAACUCCCUGCCUCAGGAAGGGCGGGGAGGGCUGCCCCACGGGCCAGAAAUGGGCCACAGCCCCCCCGGUAGCCGGAGAGAUGCGGAUCUUACCGGAUGGAUCGAGGAGGCCUAGGAGGCUUGUGGCCGUAUAACCAAAAAGUUGAUGAUGAUAAUAAUCAUAAGAAUAACUGA